AUGCCUUCUGGAGUGCGAAGACGAAAGAUGAACCGGUCAUCUAUCACCAAGGUGACCCGGAAAGACAAGGACAACCACAAGCGGAUCGUCGUGACGGGAUCCGACAUUAUUCGACAGCGGUGGGACAAGAAUCUGUCCAUGGCUCAGAACUACAAAAAGCUCGGUCUUGCCACCAAGACCGGCUCCCGAAAGAUCCGGGGUCUGGAGGAGGAUUUGAGAGAGAAGUCUCUGCGGCUCACAAUUCAGCAAGGCAAGAAUCCACAUGACCAGGAGCUGCGGGACCUGAUGGAGCAGCAGGAGCAGGAGGAGCUGGAGAAGAGCAACCUGGUGGUCAACGAGCGAAAGAUCCCCAAGCUGGGUGCUGGCGAGGCGUUUAUUGUGCGAGACGACAAGGGAGAGGUCGUGGAGGUCAUCUACGGCAAGGAUCACCAGACUGGCAGUGAUGAGGAGGACGAGGAGGAAUGGACGGGGUUUGAAGACAAGCCUGAGGAGGAGGAGACCGAGACCAUCAAGAUUUUGCAGGAGCGAGCAAAGCGGGCUGCAUCUAACCCCCACGUUCAGUCCGACCGAGAGCAGUCGUGGAUCGAGCAGCUCAUCAACAAGCAUGGAGACGAUAUCGACGGCAUGUUCUGGGACAAGGAGCUCAACAUCUACCAGCAGAGCCGGGGCGAUCUCAAGCGACGAAUCAAAAAGUGGAAACAGGGCAACAAGCGAAAUCAGUAA